CGCUUGUUUAGUUCGCACCGCUUUUUUUGUUUUGUUGUGAUGACUACUUUGUUUUCGGCGUCAAUUAUCAACAACAGAUCAAAUGCAAACAUACUUUUUUGGUGACCUGAAAAUAUAAGUGCUUGCAAGAAAUGGGAAAUAUUACGAAAUAAAAAAAAUCCAUUAAAAAAUAAUAUCAAUUGUGUGUUCGAUGUGAAUUCAAUCCAAAUUUGAAAGAAGUAGAACGUCAAAGAAAGUAAAGGAUGAAGAAGAGAUAAAGAAAAGAAGAAGAAGAAAAUUGUGCGUGUGUCGAUUUUGCUGAGGUGUAAAUUUCUUUGUACAUCCCCAACAGUUUGGAUUGCUCAAUUUAAACCGACUAUUUCAUUAUUUGAACCGAUAAGGGAAUUUCAUUUUUUUAUGGAACGAUAAAAACAACGCGUGUGUUAGUGAUUUGACUACUGAAGUAGACUAAAUUGAACUGUGAUAAAAUAAGCGACAUUUUAAUGACAAAAUAACAUCAAACUAACUCAUCAUAAUAUAUUGACUCAUCGGAAUUCAACGAUUUUUGAUUAAAAAAAAAGAAUUUGUUCAGUGCAAAAUAAGAAAUAUAUAGGACAAAAUGGCUCAACAAACAAUUCAAAUGCAACGAUUGAACAGUGGAUAUGACCGAGAGGGUUUGCAGCGUUUGCAACAAGAAAUCGACCAAGAACAAUACAAUUUACAACGAAUGACCUCUGAAGAAGAACGUGCCGAUCGACGAAAAAUGCGAGAGCUAUUCGAUGCGCUUGAUAGAAACCAUGAUGGUGUAUUGAAUAUACGUGAACUAAAAAACCAUAUAAAAAGUUAUCCAUGUCGAAACCUGCCCGAUUAUUUAGAGAAACAUAUUCUACGGAUGUCGGACAGUGAUGGCGAUGAAGUUCUGAAUUUUGAAGAAUUCUAUCAAUUGAGCCUUCAACAAGAAUGGCUUUUUUCAAGAUUAGUAUUCAAAUAUUGUAAAAUGAUUGUUCCGUCACCACAUCGUCCCGAUGAAGCAGAUGAAACCGAUCAGGUGGCGGCGCGCAUUAUUCAGCCACAGCUAACUCGAUUAGAGUCUAUCUCGAUAGAUGGAGCGUACGAGCGAAGUAUGAAGGUGUGCCCACCACCGUUGACAAUGAUUACGUUUUCAAUUGUUGAAAUAAUAAUGUUUCUUUUCGAUAUCAUCUACUUCAGUGAGGAUGUACACAAUUACAAAGCAGUCGGUGAAAAUACAAACGGUCCCGCAGCUAGUUUGUUUAUCUACAAUCCACAUUUACGUGUUGAGGCGUGGCGUUUUGUUACGUACAUGUUUGUUCAUGUUGGAGUAAUGCACAUACUCAUGAAUUUGAUAAUACAGAUAUUUUUGGGAGUUGCACUUGAAUUGGUGCAUCAUUGGUGGCGUGUGGCUCUCGUUUAUUUGGCUGGGGUACUAGCAGGCUCCAUGGGAACGUCCAUAGCAAAUCCAAACAUUUACUUAGCGGGUGCAUCUGGCGGUGUUUAUGCAUUAAUAACUGCUCACAUUGCAACGAUAAUUAUGAAUUGGAAAGAAAUGGAAUACGCAAUUGUGCAAUUAUUUGUGUUUCUGGUGUUUUGUGUAACUGAUCUUGGCUUCUCAGUAUAUCGACAAGUCAACGAUAUUCAUGAUCAAGUCGGUUAUGUGGCACACUUGUGUGGUGCCGUCGCUGGUUUAUUGGUCGGAAUUGGCGUGCUUCGAAAUCUCAAAGUGCGCCGUUGGGAAAGAUGGCUCUGGUGGUGUGCUGUAACUCUUUACUUUUUGUUAAUGAUUGUCGGCAUUUCCAUCCACAUUUUCUAUGCUGAUCACUUUCCCAAAUACAAACCACUCAAAGGAAACUACUGGUAAAAUAUGAUCGUACAAACCAAGCAUUUUCAACUAAAAAAAAUGACAUACAUUUCUAUCAAUGCACAAAUUUACACUUAAGAAUAUCAUAAUUUUAGUUUUUUGAUGUCCACUUUUACAAUUCCAUGAAAUACGUACUUUUGAAAGGCAUUUAUAGAUUGAUAUGUUUUGCUUAAACGACUUUAUCGAGAGGAUUAAUUCUCUUCUCUAUUUUUCUACAAAUCGGUAGCGUUGAUCCGUUCAAAUACUCAAUCAAUGAGUAAAUAUUUAUAGAACAAAGAUUCUAGUUUAAUAGUUUUAAAUAAGAAUAUUUUUGUCAUAUUAAAUGUCGUGAUUUAUUUAUAUUAAAUGUUAAAUUUUUAAAUGGAUUGCAAAACAAUGCUAUACAUUGAAAUGUAUUAACUUUUUGCGUGCUAAAAAAAUUUAAACACCAAUGCUGCCGUUUACUAGCUUCAUAUGAGCUGGUUGUUGUUUUUUCUAUCACGAAAGAUUUUAUGCACACAAAAACGAAUGGGAACAAUAAAGAAUGACUUUUUUCUCAGAAUAUUCUAAAA